AUGUAUGCCUUUCAGCAGUCCUUUUCGGUGCCGUUCAUUGGGACUGAUCGCGCAGAAGAAGCCAAGGCAGCUUCAGGAUCCCUGUCAGAGGCAGACGUGGGGAUGGCGUCCGCGAAUUCCUGGACUGCACGUCAGCCAAGCCAGGGACCCGUCAAGAUCACUGCGAUAGUCCUCGGAAAAUGUCAUCCAGGAGGGUCAGCAAUGCUGGACGGGAGGCUGAUCCCCACGGGUAGUGAUUUGGCGGACCCUGUCAUCGGUGGAAAGAUCGACUGUUACCUUGAGACCAGUGCCGGACGUACUCUGAUUGGCAGCGGCGCCAACCAGCUGUUGAAGGACAUGCCAAGGAGCAUCAGCUCGUUUUCGCGCCUCAAUGUUGUCUUCAGUGGCAAUGAUGAGUACCUUACAGCGAGUGUCGGAGUGGCGUCUGGGCCAGAGAUGAAAGUGGUGAUGCCUUCAACAAAGGAGGGAACCAGCUCUUACAGGGCAGCCACGGCUGCAGCAAAGCCAGGCGGCACCCCUGGCGACCUACAGCUGGGGCUGCUUUCGAGUGCGGAGGACAGCGGCGGCUCGCUGCAGCAGCAUGCUGAAACUGGUCUCCAAGGAGGCCUAUUCCAAGAGCUUAAUUAUGGAGAAGACGGUGUUCCUGCGGCAGAAGCAAUAGAUAUACAGGGUGAUGACGUGCUGGUCGUGCUCGCUGGAGAGAAGAAUGCGACGGCGCUCCACGUGAGGCAGCACUUUGCCGCUUGA